AUGGGGUGGCAGUACUGGAUUAUGGGCCUGGUCCUGGCUGGGGUCUGCGGAAAUCAUCAUGGCUGGCCAGGGGCUGUGGCCAAUGCGUCGCUGCUUACGCUUCAGGAGAAGCUGUUGCCGGCCCACCAGUCUGCUGCUCGGCCACUGCAGCUUGUGGGGCGCGACCAGACCGGCCGGUUGGCAGUGAACCGGUCCAGUUUGCAGUACAUUGCAACAAAUUGGCACGAACCCGUCUAUGUCGUUGGUGUGGUGGGGCCCUUUCACUCUGGAAAAUCCUUUCUGGCGAAUCGUCUUGUCGAUCGCAUGGCCGGCUUUACGCUCGGACCCACAGUCCAGCCCACGACCGAGGGCAUUUGGACAUUUAGCGUGCCGGCCACCGAUGGGCAGCGCCUUCGCGUCGUUGUGUUAGACACCGAGGGCCUGGCUGCCCCAGGCAAUUCUCCCGAUUAUGACGCUGCCUUGUUUGCCGUCACAACCUUGCUGUCAACGCAUUUGGUCUACAACUCCGUUCGAAUCAUUGACGAGGCUGCCAUGGAGUAUCUCGAGGUGCUGGCGCGCAGAGCUCAGCUCUUCCAGUUUCAAACGGCUCUGCGCUCCCAGAGCCAAUUUUCACCUGCCAUGCUCAACUUUCCCAGCCUUACCUGGGUGGUUCAGGACUUCUUCCAAGAGCAGAUCGACGGCGAGAGUCCGGAUGCAUGGCUUCGUCGUCUCAUGGACCAACAGGCAGCACUUGCGCCGGCAGACCUGACGGCUGAUUACAUCAAAGACAUUGAAGCUGUGCAACAGCAUUUGGUCGAGCUCUUGCGCCAGAAGCAUACAGAAACGCCUCACGAAGCUUCGGCCACAUUGAGUGACGAGGCACCCUCUGGCUUGAGCCAGCUCAGCCGUGCCUUGUUGAGUAUUGCUGCUCCCCGGCAGCACUCGGCACCCUCGCAAGCAUUGACACCGGCACAGUUCGUGUUUCUGGUUGACCUGCUCGUGACGACGGUCAAUAACGGAGGCCUAGGUCAGCUGCCUUCGCAAUGGAGCAUGCUGGUGCGGGAGCAAGCUGUUCAAGCUAGAGAACAAAGCCUGCAGGCAAGCGGCUUGGCUGACGUCCUUGCUCGAGCGUUCUUUCGGCGAAUGGUUGAAGACUUGUUGGCUGUACAACCACCAUUGGCUGAACUUCUCUUUGAGCAGCAGUUACAUGAUGCAAAGGCAGCAACGAUCAAAGGGUUUGAACGGCAAAUGUUUGACUUGGACACACGCUUCGCUCAGGAUGCCAUCGGUACUCUGAAGGCCGAACUCAAACUGCUGACCAAGCAGACGACGGAACGUUAUCUCGCCAAAACGCAGGCACACGUGGAGCGCAUCCUGCGGGAGGCCGAAGACAAGUUUGUUGCAAGUUUGGGGGGUCUUAGACAAAUGAUGACGGAGGAGCUGGAUUCGUACUUGCAGUCGAGCAUGGAUGCCCUGCAGAGGCAGACUGCAGGGCAGUUUGCACCAUACGGCUCGAACGGGCGAGCGGCAGAUGUUAAGAGGAUGACCUCACGUCUGUUGGUGGGCAAGGCUGCGGGCAAGCUGCUAGCUGUAAUGCAGCAACGGUGCGAGGUGGCCCAGGCGCGCAACUUGCGCCGGAUUGUAGCGUCCAUGCAACAGGCCACCUUUGCUGCUCUGAUUCAUGCCAAAAAGGCCAUUGCUGAGGUGGGGAUGGUGAUGUGGAGCCAGGAGGAGCUUCAGGUCAAGCAGGAUGCGGUCUUGGCGGAGGCUUUGGCUGUGUUCGGGCGUCAGACCGAUGGAUAUCAUCAGCAUCCUGCUCAUGACCAAGAGAAGACGAAUCUCCUGGCUCAGCUACAAACGCUCGCCUAUCAGUGGCGCGACGAUAACGAGGCCCUCGUGCGGCGGCAUAUCAAGUCCCUUGAGGCAGAGAUUCAGCAGGAAGUGCACGAGGUCUUGGUUCAAGUACAGCUGCCCAUCUCGAUCCAAGAGGAGAACAAGCUAGUGGCUGAGCAAACUCGCCGUGCGUAUCGCAAGUUUCGGAAGGUGGCGCUUCGUUUCGAGGGCAUGCCCAGUUAUAACCAGGGUUUGGUGGCGCUUCAAACACGGUUGGAUGAGCUGGCAAAGGCCUUUGGCGAGGACAACGUGCGGCAGUUGCGCGAGCGGGUGGAAAAGCCUUUGCAGCGGGCGCGCCGCCGGCUGCGCGCACUCGUGGCUGACUACGGCCUGGUAUUGAACCUGCACGGUUACGCACGCACAUAUGCCCGUGAGGAGAUUGGGCAGCGGCUCGAAGCCGAUCACUGUCAGCGCGUGAUUCAGGCUUGGAUGACAGGUAGUGGUCCAGAGAAUGUGGGCGACAUGUUGCGCGAGAACGAUCAGGGACUAUUGAACCUAUCUCUGGUCGUUGGUAUCGCGGGAAUAUUUCUCUUUCUGCUAAUCCGAGUGCUUUGCCGCUCGUCCGUAGCUGCGCGUCCCGUCCGAAUCAAGGCCGAUGUUGCAUCAAAGCACCCUCUCGUCAAAGAGGAUUGGAGCGAAAAAGAGAGAGAGAAAGAGAGAGAGAGAGAAAAGUCAGAGAGAGAGAAAGAGAGAGCGAGAGAGGAGAGGAGAGAGAGAGAGGAGACAAAGCAGAGAGAAGAAAGCCAAAGGAUGACUGCCAUGAGUGUUUUGGCGGUUGUGGCAAUUGCCCUGGUUGCUGCGGUGGCGGCUCGGCCAGCCCGUGUUGCGACCUUGGACCUGAGCAGCCAAGUUCAGCUGAGCCUUAAUGCUACCACCAUCUCAGAUGGUGACUGGGUACAGCUUUCCUGGAGUGGCGUGCCCGAGGCGGAGCGCGCCAGCUGCUGGAUCGGCGUCUUCAGUCCAGAUAAUGUUGAUGUCUCGACCAUUCCCGCAAUCCCAUACCCCGCGACAGCCCCAUGGACUGCCACUGCUGCCCUGAAAUAUCAAGUCUGCUCUGCCGAUCCAAGUUUUGCCAGCACCGGUGCAGGCUCGUACAACUUUCGUCUCUUGGACAUGCGCGAGACCGUCGCUUUUUGGCUCUUUUACAACGGUACCACCAAUCCGGUGGCCGUGAACAAGUCUGAUGUCAUCAGCUUUACGCAUCCUGAGGCUCCGCGCCACGGUGUGCUGGCGCUCACGGCCGACCCCACAGAAAUGCGUCUGACUUGGAACAGCAAGUUCCCGACGCCCGGCUUUGUCAAUUACACCGUCAAUGGCGCUGCGACUGCCGUCAGCAUCCCGGCAAAGGCCUACACCUACACUACGGACGACCUCUGUGGUGAGCCUGGACGGACUCAAGGCUGGCGAGAGCCUGGCUUCUUCCAUACUGCCGUUAUCAAGGGUCUGACACCCGGCACGGAUAAGGUCUCUUACAUCUAUGGUAAUGACCAAUAUGGCUGGAGUGAGACCAAGACAUUUACUGCCGCCAAGAGCGCCGAUCCCAAUGCCGCCCUGCGCGUGUUGGUUGCUGCGGAUGUCGGUGCCACCGAACCGGAUCAUUGCUCUUACCACUGGAUCGAGCCCAAUGCCACCCAAACUUACCAGCACAUGACAGAUCUUGCGUCUAGCGCUGACGUUGUCCUGCACAUUGGUGACAUUUCUUAUGCCACCGGCUAUUCUGCCAAGUGGGAGCUUUUCAUGGCCCAAGCCGAGCCGCUCGGCAGCGUUCUGCCCAUCAUGACUGCCCUGGGCAACCACGAGCAAGAUACUCCCGAUCGUCGGUCAGGCACAUACUAUGGCAGCAACGACUCGGGGGGUGAAUGCGCGCAACCCACCAACGCUCGCUUCCCCAUGCCCGUGCCCUCGCACAACCAGUUUAGCGGCUGGUACUCUUUUGACAUGGGACCCGUUCAUUUCAUCACAAUCAACACGGAACUGGAGGUGGCGCCCGGCAGCGAUCAAUACGAUUUUAUUACGGAUGACAUUGCCCAGAUGAACCGCAGCGAAACGCCGUGGCUCAUCAUGAUGGGUCAUCGCCCCAUGUACUACGUGCGCGAUGAUGUAUCGGCCAUCGACCCCCACUUUCAGGUUCUCGAGUCGCUCAUGUACGAAAAUAAGGUCGAUCUCUUCUUGGUGGGCCAUGUCCACAAUGCCCUGGUUACCUGCCCCGUCUACAACGGCACCUGCGCAAAGUCCAUGGACGAGGAUCUUUUCCAGGGCACUGUGCAUGUAUGCGUCGGCAACGGCGGCAUGUCACUGGACAAGGUCCCCAAGACGGCUCCUGCUUGGGGUGACUUUAUGGCUUCCGAUUGGGGUUACGCGACCCUGGAUGUUGCAAACAAGACUCAUCUCACGAUGUCGUUGUUUGAGGAUUCGACCAAUGUUGAGCUCUAUAGCUUCAGCUUGAAGCGCAACUAUCCUCGAGCUUUGUAAAUAGCGCACGAAUUUUGCUCGUUCCAUCUUCAUCUUCUUGAACCUGAUGAAACUGCUCUGUUCUCAAUCAGCGCUGUCGCGUGACGGUUGUGGAUACAAGGGGGCGUAAGAAAUAUUGUCUGUUAUCUGUGCAACCAUCUCUCUGCUGCCUCUUGGUAUUUCAGGAGCAAUUCAAGACCGGUUCAUGCGCC